GGCGGUGGCGGUGUGAAGCUCGCUGCCGGUUCGCGGGACUGCUGUGACCAGUUUCGCUGCUGGCGCCGAGGGGUACCAGGAUUCAAUGGAUGUAAAUAAAGAUAAUCAAGAGGCUAUUCCUCAUUCAAGCACAUCAUCUGUGCAAAGUGAUGAUUUCCACUGGGAUCAGUAUUUGAAAGCGACGGGAUCGCUAAGCGCUCCUUCAGAUUACUUCAGACAGUCUAAAAUUCCACCGGCUAAUGACUUCAGAAUUGGAAUGAAAUUGGAAGCCCGUGACCCUCGCAAUGUUACUUCCAUAUGUAUUGCUACUGUUAUUGGAAUUACUGGAGCCAGGUUACGUUUACGGCUCGAUGGUAGUGACAACAGAAAUGACUUUUGGAGGCUUGUUGAUUCCUGCGACAUACAGCCUGUGGGGACCUGUGAAAAGGAAGGAGACUUACUUCAGCCUCCACUAGGAUUCCAGAUGAAUGCAUCAUCUUGGCCAAUGUUCCUGUUACGAACCCUGAGUGGGUCUGAAAUGGCACCCGCAGCAUUCUUCAAAAAGGAACCGCCGAAACCUCCCCUAAAUAAUUUUAAAGUGGGGAUGAAGCUCGAGGCUGUUGACAAAAAAAAUCCUUUUUUCAUCUGCCCUGCAACAAUCGGAGGUGUUAGAGGAGACGAAGUUCACAUCACAUUUGAUGGCUGGAGUGGAGCAUUUGAUUACUGGUGCAGAUACGACUCACGGGAUCUUUUUCCAGUUGGGUGGUGUUGCCUGACGGGAGAUGUGUUGCAGCCACUAGGACGUAGUGUUCCUAUUGUAAGGAAUAUAGCAAAAGCACAGUCUUCGCCCUCCAAAGCAGCUGUGUGCUCAUUGCCAUCUUCUCAGAGCUCUGACUCAGGGUCACCAUCACGGCAAGCUAAGAAAUCAGGUCGAACUAAAUCAGCUACAAGUACUUCAACUCCCAAGAAGAGUAGUUCUGCUAAAAAUACCACACCAAAGAAAAAAAGUGUAAGCUCAGGAAAAAAGGAAAAAAUUAUUCCUGUGUUGUGUUCUACAUCUGCAACUUCUUUAACUACGCUGAUCAGAGAAAGUAACAAGGCACUUGAUAAGAAUGUCUCCCCUAAGGCAUCUAAAAUAGUGAUGUCUACAGUCUGUGUCUAUAUAAACAAACAUGGAAACUUUGGUCCGCAUCUGGAUCCUAAGAAAAUCCAGCAGCUGCCUGACCACUUUGGUCCAGGCCCUGUGAAUGUGGUGCUGCGGCGAACCGUGCAGGCCUGUGUGGACUGUGCCAUUCAGUCUAAGACUGUUUUUGGAUUCCUGAAGCCAGAUAAUCGUGGAGGAGAAGUGAUAACUGCCUCCUUUGAUGGGGAAACUCAUUCCAUCCAGCUUCCUCCCGUGAACAGUGCUUCAUUUGCUCUCCGCUUUCUUGAGAAUUUAUGCCACAGCAUGGAGUGUGACAACCUUUUGAGUAGCCAGCCUUUCAGCUGUUACAAGAGUAGUAAUACUCCUAGCCCUGCAAAAAAUGAUCCAAAUACAUCAGCAGUACAGGAAGAAAGGAAUGGAAAGAAUACCAUCAAACGUUGUGCUCAGUCACCGAUUCCUUACAUCGUGCCCGUGUCUCCUAAGCGUUCAGUGAUGAACAUCAAUGUCUCUUCAGAAGAGCUGUUGUCCACCAAGGGAGGUGACACGUCCAGAGCGGAGGAGCCUCCAGAAAAAGGAGUGGACACUUCACUGACUUCUGGAAAUUCUCUGAUUUCUGCGGGUGGAGAUUCUACCCAUACUGGUACUGCAGUCUGCAAGAUGAUGUCUGAAAAUGUGCCAGAUGUGUCGAGUUCGCAAGCAGUCGGGAACAACUCCUCCGCCAAAAGCAGUUCCCAGGAGAAUGAAAUCCAGAUGCAGAGGAAAAGUGAAGCUGCAAGUCCCACAACUGUACCAGAUGCCAGUACCCCAAAACACGGCUUAUCUAAGGACCCUUCCACGUGGUCUGUGGAUGAAGUCAUCCAAUAUAUGAGAACCAAAGAUCCUCAAAUACCAGCUCCCAUCACUGACCUCUUCAGGAUACACGAAAUCGAUGGGAAGGCUCUGUUAUUACUGAAGAGUGAAGUCAUGAUGAAAUAUAUGGGGUUGAAGCUGGGCCCAGCAUUAAAGCUAUGCUAUUACAUUGAUAAGCUGAGAGAAGGAAGAUACAGUGACAAAAAUACUUAAGUUUAGAGUUGAGAUAAUUCUCAGGAGUAUUGCUAAAAUGUUUAAUUUAAAAUGUGAAGUUUUUGUUUCAUAGAAAUUUCCUAUAAAAGUAUUUGCUCAGAAUUAAAAAUUAGGGUAACAGUCCAAUUUUUAACAGAAGUUUUUUUUUUGUUGUUGUUUUUUACUGCUUUAAGAACUAUUUAACAUCUUAGGAUUAACAUAUUCAGACUGGCAGUCUGUCCUUUACCUUACUAUUUUUGCUGUACAGAUAUGCUUCACGCAGUGAACAGAAGAGACCUUUUACCUUUGUUCCAUGUCUGUGUCUAGAACCAAACAGCUAAAUCCCAAAGGGUAGGAUAUCAGGGAUUGGCAACAUCUGUAAUUACAAUUCAGGAGAAUUUUUCCUCAGAAGAAAAUUUAAAGAUGUGCCCAUAAAUAUCAUCUCGUUCUCACAUGUUUUCCCUACCUGAUUCUGCAGUGUCUGUUCAUGUUCUACCAAUUUCUAGAAAGAUACUAGCCGUAGAUAUUAUUUUCCUUCCUGUUAUCAUUCCUGCGUGUGUUUUGUUCAUAUAUAAAGGAAAUAAGCCAGCUUAUAAAUGUCCAUAAGUAUUCUUACCAGGUUUUGAUCCAGUUUUAAAGUUAUAGCAUAGAAAGGAUGAUCCUUUUAUGUUGGAAGUAUUUAUACCACAAGGGCAGUUUGGUUGGAGUAUGAUUACAUUUUUCCAACAAAAGAUACAUAUUUUAAAGCUCCCCAUUUUUUAAAUGCUUGGGCAGGAAGUAGGCGUUUAUUUCUCAUAUUUCUAUGUGAAGAUACCUGUGUCCCAAUUUAUAAAAGAUAUAUAUUUUAUUGUAUUGUUUAUUCCCCAUACAGACCUUUUACCAUAUUUAUAUAUUGUUCUAUACUUGUAGGAAUACACACAAGUAAAUCUUUUCUCUUUGAGUUUAAUAUGGCACUUUGCACUGCCACAGAGGUGAUGAUGAGCUAUGUAUAUAUUAGAUGCUUGUAUUUUGUUAAAAAAAAAAAAACAGCAGAAAGUGCAAAUUGUUUGUGAUCACCAGUACCUCUCAACUUAACUCUUCAGGGGAUGGGAACCGAUCUGUAGAUUGGUUUCCGUACAGGGAAAUUCUCUGUCCUAUGCAAUGUUUCUGAUCGAUGUGCUUAGUUCUGAGCCAUAUGUCUGCCUCACUUGAAAGAUGCCAUUAAUUCUGACUUACUGUUUUAGGCUUUACCGUUUAAGUUAGGAGUUUCAAGGGGAAGUGGUGCUACGUGUGUACUGUUACUAGUCUGUAUAAUGUUGAUGUUAUGUUGAUAAGCUACCAGAAGCAGUUAUAAAAAUAUUAGCCAUUUGUUGCAAAGGCCAAUAGUGUGUUCACCAGGGGCAAGACUGUGCAUUUUAGUUUUAGAAAACCAAACACAUGUUAGACCUGAGAGCAACUAUUUUUAGAGGAUCAUUCAUGUGUGUAAUUCCCUAUGUGCUGUACCACUUGGUUCUUACUUAAACUUGGUCUUUCAAACUCUUUGUAUGAAGAUGCUGUGCCCAGCUGAGCAGUCCUCAGGUGUUUGUACAAAUACUAUGUUUUUCAGUUUUCAGAUUUGAAGAUAUAAUAAAAUAACUGCAGCCAUUCUA